UCACCUUUAUUGAACCGUUUCAAUUUUACAGAGGCGAAACUGAGACGCAGAGUAGUGAAAUAGCUAGGUGAAACUUAUAUAGUAAAUGGUAGAGCUGGAAUUCCAAUCCUGGCGAUCUGAAUCACUAUUUUAAAAUGGGGAAUUAACAAAGCACAUAGAGUGAGAAAACUUAUAGGAAGGCAACCAGAGACCAAGGGGUUACUCGGAAAAGAAAGACUGCAUUUUAAAAGAUGCCAAUGGGCUAAUUAUAGUUACGUAUUAUUGACAAAUUGCUUUACAUAUGUUAGCUCUUUUAAUCCCGCUAACAAUUCUGUGAGGUCGGUACAAUUAGUUCCAUUUUUCAGACAAGAACACUUGAUAAACAUUCUCUGCUUGCAUUGAGACUCCAACAUCUCAGUAGGUGGCUCUGGAGCAAGAUAAGACUGAGACUUAGCGAUAGAGCAGAGCAGGUUAAGGUAUGAAGCCUCAAAGUAAGAAACGCAGGAAAAGUUUCUCAUUUCCCAUUUAGGCAGAGGCUGGUUUCAGCAUUCAAAUUCCUGCAGCCUGCCCGCCAAGGCAUCUCACAACCCGCCUCUCAGGGAGAAGGCCACGCCCCCUUCCUUGGCUGUUCUCUGAGCUCCCAAUACUUCCCUCCUUCUCUUUGGCCCCGCCCAUCCCAGCUGGCAUCAUUUCCUGUGCGCUGGACGCUGAUUGGUCCAGAGGUCGGAAGUGAGGGCGGGCGGUGGGGCCGUUGCCGCAGUGACAGUGCUGGGGGAGUCCGAAGAUGGCGGCGUCGCGUCGCUCUCAGCAUCAUCACCACCAUCAUCAACAACAACUCCUGCCCGCCCCGGGGGCUUCGGCACCGCCGCCGCCACCUCCCCCACCACUCAGCCCUGGCCUGGCCCCUGGGACCACCCCAGCUUCCCCCACGGCCGGUGGCCUGGCCCCCUUCGCCUCCCCGAGGCACGGCCUAGCGCUGCCGGAGGGGGAUGGCAGUAGGGAUCCGCCCGACAGGCCCCGAUCCCCGGACCCGGUUGACAGUACCAGCUGUUGCAGUACCACCAGCACAGUCUGUACCAUCGCCACCGCUACCGUGGUCCCGGCCGUUUCUGCUUCAUCUGCCGUUGGGGUCGCUCCCAACCCAGCCGGUGGUGGCAGUAACAAUUCACCGUCGUCCUCUUCUUCCCCGACUUCUUCUUCAUCUUCCUCUCCAUCCUCGCCUGGAUCCAGCUUGGCGGAGAGCCCCGAGGCGGCUGGAGUUAGUACCACAGGAACAUUGGGGCCUGGGGCAGCGGGACCUGGGACAGGGGUCCCAGCAGUGAGCGGGGCUUUACGGGAACUGCUGGAGGCCUGUCGCAAUGGGGACGUGUCCCGGGUAAAGAGGCUGGUGGACGCGGCAAACGUAAAUGCAAAGGACAUGGCUGGCCGGAAGUCUUCUCCCCUGCACUUCGCUGCAGGUCAGAGACUUUUGUUCUGAAUUCUUUAUUAAGGUCUUGGGGGUUGGGGGCUGGGGUCAGGCUAGGAAAAGAAAACAGGUUAUCGUGAUGGGACAAAAUGGGGGCGUGGUUACUGUUCUUCCACACCUCGCCCGAAGACCGGAGAUUCCUUUCUUUUGAUUG